AUGCUAGUGUCUACAAAUAAUACUCCGAAGAAUAAUAAGAAAGGAAACACUACAACUAAUGAUGAACAAAGAACGAUCGAAAGGCUCAGAUUUCUUUUGAAAAAUGCCAUUUAGGUAUAUCCAAAACUUAAUGAUGAAUUGGAAAAGAAAAAUGCUUUACUGCUAUAUAGAGUAGAACAAUAAUAAAAUUAAUCUCAAUAAUCAAUUUCACAAGAUGAUUAUAAGCAGUAGCUUACUAAACUGUAAUGCUAAUUAUCUGAAGCUUAGUUGGAAAAUCAGCAACUAUAGUAAAGUUUGAAAAAUCUCAAACUAUUAGGUAUCAAAUCUAAUGUAUAAAUACAAGGAAAUCAAAAUCCACAAAAUAAUAAGAAAAAUUUCGAGUUGAUUCUCUAAGAUUGCUCAAUCUCUUCAAUAGAAAAGCAAUUUUACGAGUACUUUGAAAAAUCAUCGGCUGUCCUAUAAGAACAAAUGAUUUUAGAAUUCUAAAAUAGAUUAGAGAAAUAUUAGACAAAAUAUUAAAUAGUAGAGAUACACAGAAUUACUAGCUUCACGAAUUUGGAUAAAACUAAAUGUAUUGAAUCACAAUAAAGAGAAAUUGACAUUCUUGAGUCAAAGUUAAACAACACAGAAAAAGAACUUAGUGACCUCAAACGUGUUCUAGAAUCAUAUUAGUAAUAAUACUCAAUGAAAUAGAGCUAACAAGAUUAGGUUCAUGACUUUUUCAAUUCAAACUAAUUCGAAGUUUUCACUUCUAGACUCAAUAACAGUCAAGGAAUGGACGAAUGCUUGAGUACCGAUAAAAGGUGGAUAGAUAUUGAUAAUAAUUAGCUUAAAACAGAUGAACGCAAACUAAUCCAAUAUGAAAAGAUCAUUGAGAACUAAAAACUAGAUAUAGAAAGCCUUUAAGACAAAUUAUCUAAUUUAUCUAAAAAAAAACAUCAAUUGAAAUUGCAAAAUUAAGAACUUUCUUCUGUUUUAUAUUAACAAGCAGAAACCUGCUAAAGAAUUAUCUCCAAUUUGUAAGCCAAAAUUGAAAAAUAAGGUCUUUAGAUACAAUAUUAUUCUUCUAUCCAGUAGAUGAGAUCGAAAUUAAAUCAGUAAUCCUCUAAACAUAGUGUAUAGAGUAGUUAACAAAUUGAUAUAAGGAAAAAGUUCACAUAUCAUUCUCCAAAUGCCAACAACUCUCCUGUAUCCCUUGCUAAAUCAUAGGCUAAUAAUAGAUCCCUUAAGAAGCAAGACUCCUCUAAUGAUUAGACAACUUGGAUCAUCAAAACUACAGAUGCAUCAUUAGUUAAGAAAUUGGAUAAAAAGGAUUCCCAAUCAGAAAGCACAACUGACUAGGUUCAAAAACCUACAAAAUUAUCAACACAUUUAUAAGAAGUUAAGAAAUCCUUAGAUUAAAUUUCAAAUGGUAAUUGCACCUAGAAACUUUUAAAAGGAUACUAUUUUGCAUAGAAUAAACCAAUUUUAACAUUAGAUGAUUUUUGA